AAAACAAGGGUAAACCAGGACAGUUUGGGGCAAAUAGGGACUGGUGGCCACGUCACUGACCAGUGCUGCGAGAGUGGGUGACUUAACCGAGGGGAAGAAUGUUGAAGGAAAGAAGAGAGGAGUCGAUCAGUGGGCCUUGAGAAAGACCAACAUUUGGGGAGUUGCUGGAGAAAGAACUCACAAAGGAUACGCGGAAGGUGCGGGGGAGAGGAGGUGUCACCCCCCGCAGGUUCCAGAGGGGAGCCGGCGCCGGGGUUCAGCCCCCAGAGCUGGGAAUGCCACAGAUUCCACAUGGACCAAGAAAUGGCCAUUGAAAGGAGCAACAAGGAAAUCAUUGGUGAUUUACUGACAAACAUUUCUUCUGUUUGAUGGACUCGGAGGCCAAAUUAAAGUUAAAAAAAAAAAAAAAAAAGUGAGUGGGAGGUGAGGACCCAGACACAGCCAGUGCAAACAACUCUUUCUAAGAAGUGGCCUUGAAGAGGAGGCCAAAGAUAGGACUGUCCUGGAGGUGGAGUCCGAGAAGUUUCCUUUCUUGAAGAAACUAGAGCGUAUCUAAUACGGCAGGAGGCAGCCUGAAGAGGCAGACCAAAGAGUGGAAGGCGUAAUUAUCUCCUCCCCAGGGGAUAUCUGGAACCCGGCUCCCCAGGAGGUGGGAGGACGGCCACCUGAGCGCAGAUUCCCUUUCCGUCGGAAGAGCUAUCUGCAGACCCACCCGUGCGCUAAGGAAGGAGCUGGGCCUCUUGACCUGGGCAUCAUGGUCCACCUGCAGUCCUCUGAAGUGCGGCAGCUGCUCCACAACAAGUUCAUCGUGGUCUUGGGAGACUCCGUCCAGAGGUCCGUGUACAAGGACCUGGUGCUCCUGCUGCAGAAGGAUUGCUUGCUUACUUACAGGCAGCUCAAGCUCAGGGGGGAGCUGAGCUUCGAACAGGACAAGCUGGUGGAGGGAGGCCAGAAGGCUACCAUGCACAAUGGCACCACCUACCGUGAGGUCCGGGAGUUCUGCACCGGCCACCAUCUGGUGCGCUUCUACUUCCUCACGCGCGUGUACAGUGAGUACGUCCAGGCCAUCUUGGAAGAGCUGCAGUCCCACAAGCACACCCCGGACGUGGUCAUCAUGAACUCCUGCCUCUGGGACAUCUCCAGGUAUGGGCAGGACUCCUUUAGCAGCUACCUGAAGAACCUAGAGAACCUGUUCGAGCACCUGGACCAGGUGCUGCCAAAGUCAUGCCUCCUGGUGUGGAACACGGCCAUGCCCGUGGGCCAGAAGAUCACCGCGCGCUUCCUCCCGCCGGAGAAUCUGCGCUUGUCCUUGACCCUGAGAAAAAAGGUGAUCGAAGCUAACUUCUACAGCUCCGAGGAAGCGAAGAAGCACAAUUUCGAUGUGUUGGACUUGCAUUUCCACUUCCGCUGGGCCGAGAGGCACCGGCAGGACGAUGGGGUGCAUUGGAACGAACGCGCACACCGACACCUCUCUCAGCUGCUGCUGGCCCACGUGGCCGACGCUUGGGGUGUGGAGCUGCCCCAGCGCCAACCCGUGGCCCAGUGGAUCAAGGAUGAUCCUGCCAGGGGCGGACCUAGCCAGGGCGUUGAAAGGCAGUCCCAGACCAGCAGAAACCAAGCGCCCUUAGUCCCAGGGUUGCCUCCCCCCAGGCUUGGCCCCCUGCUGCCGCUCCCAAGUCCCCCCCAAACCCUGCCCCCACUCCUACCCCCACAGCCUCUUCCCAUUCCCUGUCACCCGGCCAUACGCCCCCAGUUCUUGUUCUGCCCCCAAGAUACCCAUUUUUCCUCAGACCAACCUUUCCAGUCAGGUCAAUUCUCCUUAAACUUUUUCCAUUCAGAUGUCCCUUCAUCUACCCAGACAGGAACUGGCUUAGACACUGGCUUUAUGUUUGAUCCCCAGCCUCCAAGGUUCCCCUUCCCCACACCCUAUUAUCAACAGGUAGUCCCUGUGGUUCAUAGGGGUUUGCCCCGGAAUCUACCUCGUGGCCCCUAUGACUCCUGGAGACAGCGGCCCAAACCUUGCAGGAGACAAGCCCAGGCCUACCCAGAGCCAAGGCCUCAUUAAACUGGUGCCUUUUUCCUCCUCGUGGACAUGGACUUGAAAGAUCAUCUGACUUUGCCUAAACGGACUGAUCUUGUUAACAUAAGCCGUUGAUUCACACUUGGGCUUCUUUUGGUUCUUUGCUAUUACCAGUAACGGCAGAGAAGGGCAGUCUGACCCAAUCUUGUUGUCUGUGGCCUCUUCCUCCAUGCUCUGGGGUGACCAGGGGUUCUCCUUGCCUCCCCACCCCCUAGCCUCUUUGUCUUUUUGUAAACAGAAAAUUGAAAUUAAAAAGUUGUUUCAUAAAAGUAGUUGUGGGUUUUGUGUGUGUGUCUAUAUGUAAUGGUGCCUCUUCCUUCUAUUAAACAAUUAGCUUUGUAAGAGCAAAGAAGA